AUGAGAUGUCAGACCCACCACUUGCACCCAGCAACGCUUCCCACAAUCACAGACCCGGACCUGCCAGCGAGAGCUUUAGAAGUCAACAUCGAGCCCUUGUUGUCAAAGAUUGAUCGAAUCACGGGCACGAGAUAUAGUCCAAUUUCCUACACGUUUGACCGGCAAGAACGGCCACUUCGCGCAGCCGACUGCUUUAGCAGACAAACAACGAUGUCCAUCCCACCCUUCGCCCCGACUUACGCCGACUGCGUCACCUCGCUGCGCACCUCCCUCUCCCUCCUCGAAUCCUCCGUCGCCACCCUCGGCACAGGCGUCCAAGACUUUCCCCGCCUGUCCUCCGUCCUCAAGACCGUCCGGCACUAUGAAUUGAUUCCCCAACCAACCCUCGCCGCCGCCGAAGCGUCCCUGCGCGACGAGAUCGGCCCGUUCGUGGCGCGCCUCCUCGACCGCGCCGACAAGCACCUGGAGAAACAAGCGCGGCGGAUCGAGACGCUCAAGGCGCGGGCCGAGCUGAACGCUGGUCGGCUGUCGCAUUUGCCCGGACCAGACGACGACAAUAUGCAAGGAGGCGCUGGGAUUGGCAAGGGCAGGCGGUUGGACGGAGGCGCGGCGCUGCGGGCCAAGGUGGUGCGCCAGAGGAAGGAGGCGUUGAAAUACAGCGUCGAGAGGCUGGAGCUGGAGGUGUUACAGAAGGAGCGGGAGUUGAGGAUGAGAUUAGAGCAGGCGUGA